AUGGAUGAUGCUGGUGUGCCUGCUACGAACAGCCGAAUCUCCUCCUAUGAGUGGAUCCGCGACAGCGCUUGGUUGAGGUUCAGUUUGUCUGACGGCAACUAUCCCGAUGGCCCUGAGGGAUCGCACGGCCAGGAUGGCCAGGUUGUCCCUGGCCAGGAUGGAAAAAGGCUACCGGUCUACAACACAGGCACUCAGGCCAUCCCAACCUAUAAGGAUACCAUUGCGGCCACCAUCGAUCAGCGGAAGAAGCCGUGGGACGAGUGUCGGCAGUUGGAUUCGCAAAUUCCCGGUGUUCAUAUCGACGAUGCGGUCGAAGGACACCUGAAGGCCUUGGAUCCAGCCAUCCCGGACGGGUCGAAGUAUCUGCUCACGGGGAAGGGCGGUACCUGGAAAGAGGUGGUGGAUGUCGUUCAGUGA